UGUCGUUGACUAAUAAAAAAAAGUGUUCUAAAACUAAAUACACCAUAUACAAAUAAUGGCUGAUUCUCCUUUAAAAAAUAAGAAUCAAGUUCAGUGAUGGUUUUCUAUGGAAAAUUUAAAUCAAUCAGUUUAAUGAAAUUUUUUUGGAUUGUUAUUAAAUGAAAUCAUAUCUGAUAGAAUAGCUAAAUAAUGGAUAGCCAUGGUUUGAUAGUACAAGAUCGUAGAAAUUCCAAUAUACUGAUGAGUUUACCUGAAGUUAUUAAGGGCCCUCUUCGAAGGAGGUCAUGGGCUUAUAAAGAAAAAUAUACUCUAAAUGAUUUGGAAAAAUAUACAAAAUAUGGUGGGAUUAAAGAAGAAGAGAAGUGCUAUCAAGAAAUGAGUGAGAGACAAGCCUUUAUAAAAUCAAACAAAACUGCUUCAGAUGAUCUUCAACUUCAUUUUAUUAAGGAUAAAGAUAUUGAGUACAUCAAAUCUAGUGGACAGGAAAAAGCAUUCGAUGCUGUUGUAUUUGAUGUGUUAAAAGUUCAACCUGAAGAUAUUGCAAAUCAACUUACUUUAAUUGAUCUGCCUCUUUUUCAAAAAAUUGGACCUGAGGAGUUAACAAGCUGUAAAUGGACAUCGAAAACAAAGUAUGACUACUGUCCAAAUGUUGUCAAUUAUACUAAAAGAUUUAACCACGUUAGCUUCUGGAUUACUAGAGAAGUGUUAGGGUCAAAUACUGCAAAGAAUAGAGCUGAAAAAAUUGUGUAUUUUAUUAAAGUUGCCAAGAAGUUGCUUGAUUUGAACAGUCUAAACUGUCUCAAAGCAGUUGUAUCUGGUUUAAAUUCUACGCCUAUUUAUAGGCUUAGUAAAACAUGGAAUCUAAUUCCUAAACGAGAUAAAGAAAAACUUGAUAGGUUAAGUGAUCUUUUGUCUGAAGAUAACAAUAGAGAAAAAUUCAGAACAUAUUUAUCUACAGUAAAGCUGCCUUGUAUACCGUACUUAGGAAUGUAUUUAACAGAUCUAACAUAUAUAAAUACAAUACAUCCAAGCACUGGAGGGCUUGAUUAUCAAAGAUCAAAUAAAAUGAAUGAAAUUCUUCGGAUAAUAGCUGAUUUUCAACAAUCGCAAUAUGAUAUAAAAGAAAAAUCUCACAUAGUUACUUAUUUAAACUCUGUCAAAUACAUUGAUGAACUGCAGAAAUUUAUGGAAGAUGAUAAUUAUAAGUUGUCUUUACAAAUUGAACCAAUACCAAGAUCAUUUCAAGAAAAUUUUAUCAGUCCUAAUAGUUUAAGACUUUCAGAAUCAGAUGAGCAUGAAUGUCUGUAUCCGAAGAAGUCGAUUGAGCGUUCAGCCAGUGCAUGUGUUGGUGACCAACGAUCCAGCCUUAAUCCCAAAUCGUCUAGUUUAAAUCUUCCUUUUCGGUCUCCGUCGCCUAAUAAAAAAUUUAUUCCUGGCCAUAGAAAAGCUAAGAGCUUAGGAAAUAGCCAACAAAUACUACCAGAUAGUAUAGUGGAAACACCAAUUCCUGAUUUACCAAAUGGUUCACGCUACAAUUUAGUUGAUGAUAGUCUAGUUGAGCAUAAAAAGUCAGAUGUUAACGGCUCUGUUAAUUAUGAAUCAGAUUCUGACGAUCAUGAGCCUAAUCUUACUUCACAGAGUCCAGAUCCUGUAGAAGUUGAAGAGUUACCACAAUCAACAAAAAUAUAUUUCAAAUUAGAAGGUGUUCUGAAAAGAAAAUCUUGUUUAAAGAAUGGAACAAAACCUAAGGUUUCAAGUUGGCAGCGAUACUGGGUAGGAAUCACAUGCACAUGUCUAUUUUACUACUUACCAAAAUAUCGUGGUUUCGGUGGACGCGAAAGAAGCAAUUUCCGGAUGGAGCCGUACAAAGUUGUUUCACUGCAGGGUUAUACUGUCUUUCCCAUCACUAAUGAACUUUAUACUUUUGAACUUACAAACGAGAGCGGUAAUGAUGUUUAUCGCUUUCAAACGGAUUCAUCGUCAAGUUGUAAUUUGUGGUGUAUAUAUAUACGCGAAGCAGCUGAUGGUGUGCAGUUAGAAAAGCCUCAAAACUUAAUCAUAUUUGAUGAUUCAGACCAUGGAGAGGACACGCCUCUAUAAUACUUACCUAUUUUAUGGUAAGAAAAACUGAUUUUUAAAAAAAAAGAGGUUCUAAAAGUUGUACCAGUCAUAAUAUAUAUUUAGUUGUAGUUUUGUUACAUUAUUCGAAUAUUUAAAGAAGUAUUUCGGUGAUAUACCGUAAUAUGUCGGUUGUAUGCCGUGAAAUUUUUAUGUAGAUAAUAUGUAUUAUUUUUCUCAGCUAGUCUGAUAACUUUGCAAAAGUUUCUCUAUAACUGAAUUUUUUAUUGCUGCCAUUAUAAAUAUGCUUAGUAAUGGCAAGAGAUGCUUUUGUAGAUUCGUGUAAAUAAAGUUCCUUCUUAAAUAUGAAAAGAAAUAAAUUAUAUUUGUUUAUAAAA